UAGAAUUGCAGAGUUUCUGCGGACAGCCUAGAUAGGACUUCGUUGUAUACCUCUCACCGAAAAUGAAGAGUCCUGAGAACAAAACAGUUUUAAAAUUUAAAGGUUUCUUUUAAUGGAGCUUCGUCCCUCUUUUUUUUUUUUGACGAAUUCUCUCAGGUUUUUUAUAUUGAUGCGAGAAAUCGUGGCAUAUUUGAAACAGCGACUACGUCCACUUGCCGAUGUGUAUAUGAGGAAGGACCUGGAAGUAGCUUUUUAUACAGAGUGAUUAGGGAAGUGAUUAGCACGGACGAGUUUUGCGGCAAAGGUAUAUUCACGAAUGUGAAUGUUUGAAUGUUUUGUUCUGGAUUAAAGCAGGGUUUCACAACCUUGACAAGAUGGGUGGACUUCAGCUCUCAGAAUUCCCACGACACAUACUGCGACCACUUAUCUUAAAGCUACCAAAAUUGCGAAAGCCUGGGCUAGGGCAUUCACAACCACUUUCUAAAUUACAAUGUCCCCUCACAACUUACAAUAACGUGUUCAUAGCAGUUGGUAGAGGGAAACGUGUCUCAACAUUAAGACUGUGUAAAGUUCUUCACCAGUUUUUAUGAGAUGAGCCUGAUCAUACGUAAUUUUCAGAGAGCUAUUCCAAUCAGGAGAGUCCCACUUCGCAAGAACAUAGAACUACUCCGUUCUAUUUUGGGUGUGCAAAAGUUUGAUCUUGGUGUAAUUUGUGUUGGUAAUAUGUACAUACAGCAACUCAACAAAACUUACAGACAGAAGAAUAUUCCUACUGAUGUGUUAUCUUUUCCUUUUCAUGAGAAUCUGAAAGGUGGAGAGUUACCCCAGCCCUGUAUUCAAGAUGACUACAAUUUGGGAGACAUUUUUCUAGGAGUAGAAUAUAUCUAUCAACAGUGUGGACAGAACCACAGAGAUUAUAACAGUAUUCUUACAGUGACAAUUGCCCAUGGCAUGUGCCACUUGCUUGGUUAUAAACAUAAUACAGAAACAAACUGGCAACAAAUGUAUGAAAAGGAAACACAAAUUCUGCACAAGUUAAGCAAAUUGACAGGCACAAACUUUGAACCUCUGUCAAAACACCAAUUCUAAAUGUUAUAUUUAUAUGCUGUUUCAUUAAAAUAAAUUUUCUCAAUUUCUCCCUC